AUGAGCAGGUGGGAUGACCAGAUUCCCAUGAUGCCUGAUGGGCAUCAGUUUGCCCAUCAGGCGGCCCAAGGGGAAUGCCCUGGCGAGUUUCGAGCUCCGGCAAGCCCAUACAGUCCUAACGAAGACUUCCAGCCACAUCAAGGCGUCGUCCAAGGCUACUAUCAGACCCAACUGCAUGAGCAGGGCUUCCGCGACGGUAACCUCGCCCAGAAUCAAGGCCCUGGCCCCAGAUUCCCAGCCCUGCAGCAAGGACCUGGCCCCAGCACUCCAAACCAGCAGCAAGGGCACAAUCCGAGCAUGUCUAGCCAGCAAAGCUGCAGCUGUAGUUCUCAACCGCAAAACCCCUCCCAAAGCUCCUUGCACAACGCCUCCCAGACCUCGCACCGUCGGGUGUACCAUCACCGGGAGCCGGCCCAGCACCAUAUCUGGCCCCUAUUCUCACAGCCAUCUCCGGAGGAAAGGUACUACGCUCCCUCUCCUUCCCCUCACGAUGUCGCCAUCAACCAGGGCCAGGGGCAGCCGCACCUGCGAUUUUGCAGCGAGGGACAGCAACAAAACCUCGGUCGAGCACUCCGCCAAGAGCGGUUUCCGCAUUUGGUGUUUCCCGAACAAGAUGUCGGUCAAUCUUCCCGACUAGCAUCAGACAACUGGGCUCCAGCCCAUACGGACUCUGCUCCUCCCAAGCUGCAUCUUCCACCCAUCGCUGAUGCGUACCCGUCCUCUCCAAAUGGGUUCGACGGACGAGUUCCACCCCCUAAGCCCCAACCUCCCCCCCUGCCUCCGCGACCGCGUCCUCAGAGGUCUCAAGUGGACACUCUGAGGCUCGCCCAAGCGAUGGCUGACAUUUUUGAACCAGUUGAGCCGGGCAGUUGGGAGCUAGCACCACUUGAUGCGCCGGAUUUGACUAAGCCUCUACCUCCACUCCCGUCAUCAGCAACCCAGGUUCAAUUUGUCACAGAGCAGGGCCAUUCACACGAGAAAGGAAAGGAGAGAGCCCAUUCUGCUAGUCGACGCCAGCCAAUCGAUGCGUCGACGGUUCAAGAUCACGUUCUGCCGCGUCCAGACGCCACACCGGGCCAGAUCACAGUGCUGGGUCUUCCAGUUCCCGACGACGUGCCCGAGCCCAUGCCUGAGCUUCCUGCGCAGGAGUAUAACAUCCUGCUAGUUGGAGAGGCCGAAAUUGGCAUCACCUCAUUGAUCCUGACCCAGGUAAAUGGCCGUUGGGUCGACGCUGCCGGAAAAUGGAGCCUCAGUCGUCUAAAGAGAAUGGUCGAGAAGAAGAUCUCCCACGAGACCGAAAUGGCUAUCGACACCCGCAGGAUCAAGGUCACGCUCUGGGAUGCCCCCCUCGACAAAGUCGACACCAUCCAUCUCUUGAACACCGCUGGUUGGGACGCCGUCAUUAUCUGCUCGGAUGCAUCUUUCCCGUGUACACUCCUCGGACCACUGCGUUGGUGGGCCGCCAACAAGGACACCAUCAGGGCGGCCACGUGCCACCCUCUACCAAUUCACGUCGUAGCCCUAAAGCGCGAUCUUCUGGUCCCCGCUCGUCACCGACUGUCCAGACAGCACGGGGAAUUCAUGGCCGCGUCGUUCGCCGCUACCGAUUACUCCGAGGUCUCCGCCAAGAAGGCCGACGGCGUAAACGGUCUCUUCGGCGACAUGUUGCGCAGGAUUUACAGGCAACGACUGGCCGAUUGGGAGGCCAACAUUGAGACACACCGGAUCCAGGCGCAUCGAGCUCGUACUUACAAAAAGAUGUGGGGAGAGGAGCCUCCGGCCGUGUUGCUCACGCCAGCUUCAACCUCAUCUCUUCGAACUUCAAGCUCCCAAGCUCCCAAGCUUCAAGAGCAACCAACCAAAAACCACCUAUCCAACGUCCACCGACCCGUAAAACUCUCCUCGCCCUCUGGAGUCUUCCUCGAACCUACCAAGACCGAGAUUAUUACCCAAAAACAGCAGAAUUUUAAGCAACAAACCUUACACAUCAAAAUGGACCCCCCACCACUCCUCCUAACAAUCCGCUUCUCAACCUCCCACCCCGACCUCCCCCUCGACAUCCCCUCCCCCCGCACAACGUCUCUCGCAUCCCUCAAGCUCCUCAUCCGGACCUCUAUCCCGACGCUCUCGCGCCGCCGCCUCCGCUUCAUCCACCAAGGUCGCAUCCUCAAGCCCGACUCGACCUCUCUUGCCUCGGCGCUCGACCCGCGGAACAAGGGCAAGUCCACGCCGUCGGAGCGCAUUUUUCUCAACUGUUCCAUCGGCGACGUGCUUUCGCCUUCGGACCUGGAAGAGGAGGCGCGGACGUCGAAGUUGCCUCCUUCGGAUUCUGCGGCACAUGCGUCUUCUUCUUCCUCGGAAGGACAGCAGCAUCAGCAGCAUGAUGGCGGGGCGGGUAGUACCAGGAGACGGAGGAGAGGUUUCGAUAGGCUGCUGGAUUCGGGGUUUUCUGCUGGCGAAGUGAAUCAGCUGCGGCUACAGUUUCGAUCGAUUCACGAGGCGAGACACACGCCUGAUACCAUGCCCAGUCACGAUACCCUGCUCGAUAUGGAGGAUGCCUGGAUCGAUAAUAACGGUACGGGCCAGGAAGAUACCACGGGCGAGGACCACUUGACCGGCGGCGGUGGAGGAGGCGCGAAUGCCAUCGGCGACGUGCUGGAUGUGUUUUUGCAGGGGAUCGUUACCGGGUUCUUCAUGCCGAUGGCGAGCAUGGCGUGGUUGUUGAGGGAGGGGGGCCUCUGGUCCAAGAGGAGGCAGGUGGCGGUAUUUUUUGGCGUCCUGGUUAGUGUUAUCAUCGGUUUGUUUAAGACCAUAUCCGGUGAGGCCCAGUGA